CCCCUUUUUGAAAGAAUAAAAUUAGAACAGCUUUCAAUCUUCUAAGCAAAAAGGUUAUCUCUGCCUUUGUCAUUUCGUUCUUGUGAUUCAGUCUUUCAGUGGCAGAAUUUGUCAAGAUCUCCAUACUUCCAAAAUUUCCAAUCAAUAUCAUCUGCCACCUCCGUUCAUUAAUUCACCUAAAAUUGAUGUGUAUAUAAUAUAUAUAUAUAUUCACACCCAAACCCCCAACACCCUUCUCCAAUCGUUUUCUCUAGAUAGACACAGAUUUAUAGGGUUUGUUGGUUUCUAUGCACAGUAGAUUUCUAAAAAUAUGCUCAAAUGACAGAUUCUUGGUCGAUUUGAUGAAUCUUGUUUGUGGGUAUUAUUCGAAACCUUCUGUAUAAUUCAAACACCUAAGUAAUUUUGAAGAGUAGCAGCAUCAGUAGCAGUAGGUACGACUAUGGCAGUACCUUGGAGUAUGACACUGUGGAUGGCGAAUAUGGUGUGGAUGGCGCUGAGUGGUUGGGUUAUAUCGUGCUUGACUGUUGCUGAUGAGAUCGCUGGUUCACUUCGUACUGGCGAUAUCGGUCCAUUUCAUGUUGGUUAGAUCGCAAUUUGCUAUCGUUUUCGAUUGCGCUGGUUUUAAUGACUUAGUUUCUGUUGAUGUAGAUAUUAUAUGCAAAAAAGUAUCAAUCACAAUUUACAAAGGUUCCUCCUACCAAAUGUUAGUCUUUUUAUGUAGUAAAAAGUAUGGAAGAAGGCUAAAAAUCCGAUAAAGUAAAGUUGUGUGGUUAAAAGAUGGCAUGGAUAUGUUUCUCAUAAUUGUAGCAUCAACCAUAAUCGAGUUCAUGUCUACAACUAUUGUUGUUGUUUAAAAAUAUGCUUCAAAAACCGGUUGUUUAGGCUA